AACCUGCCCCAAUGGGCUGCAGUGUGGUUAGCGUGUGGGUGACGGACAGACCCGUAGGCCAACGAGUGGCCCUAAGUGUCUGCGGUUUUGUCCAAUGGAGCAGCGCCGGGGCGGGGCCGCGGCUCGGGUUUAAUGAGACUCCAUUGGGCUGUAAUCAGUGUCAUGUCGGAUUCAUGUCAACGACAACAACAGGGGGACACAAAAUGGCGGCGGCUUAGCUCCUACCCCUGGCGGCGGCGGCAGCGGUGGCGGAGGAGACGGCACCUCCUCCAGGCGGCAGCCGCGGCUUCUUUCUCAGGCAGCGCCAGCGCCCCCGGCAGGCGCGGUGGCGGUGGCGCGCGGCCAGAUUUGCUUGAAGAUUUAGGCGGUCUUCUUUUUUGUCAUGGACUAUUAAAACAUUUGGAGUUCCAAUUCUGGGUCUUGAUUUCCCACUGAAAGAUGUUCUUCGCCUGAAUGCAGCCUUUCCGGCUGGUCAAAUAAGACAACUAUCAACACUGCCUGUCUGUCUUCUUUAAUCUCAUAAGGAUGGAUGUUUGCGAGAUGUUGCUUAAUAUGUUCUGGAAUACUCUGCCCAUUUGUUGAAUUGUAAAUGACUUUUAAAUGUGCAAGUUCUGUUAAAUACAAGGAGAACCUCUAUGGGUAACUUUUGUAUUGAAGAAGUCAUUUGUCAACCAUGGUAAAACUUGCAAACCCACUUUAUACAGAGUGGAUUCUUGAAGCUAUACAGAAAAUAAAAAAGCAGAAGCAAAGGCCCUCUGAAGAGAGAAUCUGCCAUGCAGUCAGUACUUCCCAUGGGUUGGAUAAGAAGACAGUCUCUGAACAGCUGGAGCUCAGUGUUCAGGAUGGCUCAGUUCUCAAAGUCACCAACAAAGGCCUUGCCUCCUAUAAGGACCCAGACAACCCUGGGCGCUUCUCAUCAGUUAAACCAGGCACUUUUCCUAAGUCAACCAAGGGGUCUAGAGGAACAUAUAAUGAUCUCCGCAAUGUGGAUUGGAAUAGACUUUUAAGGAGAGCAAUUGAAGGACUCGAGGAGCCAAAUGGCUCCUCCCUGAAGAACAUAGAGAAGUAUCUCCGAAAUCAAAGUGAUCUCUCAAGCACCACCACCAACCCAGCCUUUCAGCAGCGGCUGCGACUGGGGGCCAAACGCGCAGUGAACAAUGGGAGGCUACUGAAAGACGGACCGCAGUACAGGGUCAACUAUGGAAGCUCAGAUGGCAAAGGGGCUCCCAAAUACCCCAGUGCUUUCCCAUCCUCGCUUCCCCCUGUCAGCCUCCUACCCCAUGAGAAAGACCAGCCCCGUGCUGAUCCCAUUCCAAUAUGUAGCUUCUGUUUGGGAACUAAGGAAUCAAAUCGUGAAAAGAAACCAGAAGAACUCCUUUCCUGUGCAGAUUGUGGCAGCAGUGGACACCCAUCCUGUUUGAAAUUUUGUCCUGAACUAACAACAAAUGUAAAGGCCUUAAGGUGGCAGUGCAUCGAAUGCAAGACGUGCAGUGCGUGUAGGAUCCAAGGCAAAAAUGCAGAUAAUAUGCUUUUUUGUGACUCCUGUGAUAGAGGAUUCCAUAUGGAGUGCUGUGACCCCCCACUUUCCAGAAUGCCAAAAGGGAUGUGGAUUUGCCAAGUCUGCAGACCAAAGAAAAAGGGAAGAAAACUACUUCAUGAGAAAGCUGCACAAAUAAAACGACGAUAUGCAAAACCCAUUGGACGACCGAAAAAUAAAUUAAAGCAACGAUUGUUGUCUGUAACCAGUGAUGAAGGAUCCAUGAAUGCAUUCACAGGAAGGGGGUCACCUGGUAGGGGUCAAAAGACUAAAGUCUGUACCACACCUUCAUCUGGUCAUGCUGCAUCUGGGAAGGACUCGAGCAGCAGAUUGGCUGUUACAGACCCCACUCGGCCUGGUGCCACCACCAAAAUCACCACCACCUCCACCUACAUUUCUGCCUCUACACUUAAAGUUAACAAGAAAACCAAAGGGCUCAUUGAUGGCCUUACUAAGUUUUUUACACCAUCACCUGAUGGUCGCAGAUCACGAGGUGAAAUAAUAGACUUUUCAAAGCACUAUCGUCCAAGGAAAAAGGUCUCUCAGAAACAGUCAUGCACUUCUCAUGUGUUGGCUACAGGUACCACACAAAAGCUAAAACCUCCGCCCUCUUCACUUCCAGCCCCAGCCCCCAUGUCUGGUCAGAGCCCCAGUUCACAAAGGUCCAGCACUUCCACUUCUUCUACCUCUCCCCAGAGCUCUUCCAGCCAGUCCAGUGUGCCCUCCCUGAGCAGUCUGACUAGUAACAGCCAGCUGAAGGCACUCUUUGACGGACUCUCUCAUAUCUAUACCACUCAGGGACAGUCUCGAAAGAAGGGACACCCAAGUUAUGCACCACCCCAACGUAUGCGUCGUAAAACUGAAUUCUCUUCCACAGCAAAGGCUAAAGCUCAUUUCUUUGGAAAAAGAGAGAUUAGAAGUAGGUUUAUGUCUCACUCCUCCUCCUCUAGCUGGGGGAUGGCUAGAGGACGGAUUUUUAAAGCAAUUGCUCACUUCAAGCGAACAACUUUCCUUAAAAAGCACAGGAUGCUAGGCAGAUUAAAAUAUAAAGUGACCCCUCAGAUGGGGACCCCCUCACCAGGGAAGGGGAGCUUGACAGACGGAAGGAUUAAACCUGAUCAGGAUGAUGAUACUGAAAUCAAAAUAAGCAUCAAACAAGAAAGUACAGAUAUAAAUGUGAUUGGAAGCAAGGAUACCGUCACUGAAGAGGACUUGGAUGUGUUUAAGCAGGCCCAGGAACUUUCUUGGGAGAAAAUAGAGUGUGAGAGUGGAGUGGAAGACUGUGGCCGGUACCCCUCUGUAAUAGAAUUUGGGAAAUACGAAAUCCAGACCUGGUACUCCUCGCCUUACCCACAGGAAUAUGCAAGAUUACCAAAGCUUUACCUGUGUGAAUUCUGUCUUAAAUAUAUGAAAAGUAAAAACAUCUUGUUAAGACACUCCAAGAAAUGUGGCUGGUUUCACCCUCCAGCAGAUGAAAUUUACCGAAGGAAAGACCUUUCAGUAUUUGAGGUUGAUGGGAACAUGAGCAAAAUUUAUUGCCAAAACCUCUGCCUGUUGGCCAAACUCUUCCUGGACCACAAAACGUUGUACUACGAUGUCGAGCCGUUCCUCUUUUAUGUCCUCACAAAAAACGAUGAAAAGGGCUGCCACCUGGUUGGAUACUUUUCUAAGGAAAAGCUGUGCCAGCAGAAGUAUAAUGUCUCCUGCAUAAUGAUCAUGCCCCAGCACCAAAGGCAAGGAUUUGGACGGUUUCUCAUUGAUUUCAGCUAUUUGCUUUCUAGAAGAGAAGGCCAAGCAGGGUCUCCUGAAAAGCCACUCUCUGAUCUGGGCCGUCUCUCCUACCUGGCCUAUUGGAAGAGCGUCAUCUUAGAGUAUCUCUUCCACCACCAUGAGAGGCACAUCAGCAUCAAGGCCAUCAGCCGAGCUACAGGCAUGUGUCCACAUGACAUCGCCACCACUCUGCAGCACCUCCACAUGAUUGACAAGAGGGACGGCAGAUUUGUUAUCAUUAGAAGAGAAAAGUUGAUAUUGGGCCACAUGGAAAAGCUGAAAACCUGUUCUCGGUCCAAUGAACUUGAUCCAGAGAGUCUGAGGUGGACCCCAAUUUUAAUUUCUAAUGCCGCCGUUUCUGAAGAAGAGCGAGAAGCUGAAAAAGAGGUAAUGAUUGGCUUCGUCAGCAUAAGCUGUGUCACUUCAAUCUUUAUGAAAAAUGAAACAUUUAUCAUUGAUCACAAAGCAGCAUUUUCACUACUGACAGCAUGUAAUCAGAUCAAAUUUGGUGCUGAGCUCCGAGGCUGCAGUGUCAAUCGAUUCUUUGUGUUUAUGAACUUGCUUAAAGUGCUCCAUGCCAGCGAGCAUGAGGAGGAGGAGGAAGAGGAGGAGGAGGAGGAGGAAGAAAACGUGCAGAGCUCUCCGCCCAGGUUGACUAAGCCGCAGUCGGUUGCCAUAAAGAGAAAGAGGCCUUUUGUGCUAAAGAAGAAAAGGGGUCGUAAACGCAGGCGGAUCAACAGCAGUGUAACAACUGAGACCAUUUCCGAGACGACAGAAGUGCUGAAUGAGCCCUUUGACAACUCAGAUGAAGAGAGGCCAAUGCCACAGCUGGAGCCUACCUGUGAGAUCGAAGUGGAGGAAGACGGCGGGAAGCCCGUCCUGAGAAAAGCAUUCCAACAUCAGCCUGGGAAGAAAAGACAAACAGAGGAAAAGGAAGGAAGAGACAAUCAUUGCUUUAAGAAUGCUGACCCUUGUAGAAACAACAUGGAUGAUGAUGCAGAAAACUUGAAAGAAGGCAGCAGAGACAAUCCUGAACCUCUCAAGUGCAAACAAGUGUGGCCAAAAGGGUCAAAGCGUGGCCUGUCUAAGUGGAGGCCAAGCAAGGAAAGGAAGACGGGGUUUAAGCUGAACCUGUACACCCCCCCGGAGACCCCCAUGGAGCCCGAUGACCAGGCGACGGUGGAGGGGCAGAAGGAGACCCUGGAAGACAAAAGCAGCCCCUCGGCCUCCCCCGCCAGGACCGAGGAGGAGGCCCCGGGAGCUGUGGACCCCCUGCCGCCUCGGGACGCAGACGGAAAGGAGGAGACGUGUAGGCCCGUGAGCCCGAGGAAGUCGCCGGGGGAAAAGCCGGAGGACGCCCCCGCCAGCCCCGAGGAGGGCGACGGCGAGGGCGACGGCGACGGCGACCCCAAGGAGGGCGGCGCGGCGGCCCUGGAAACCGACUCGGAGACCGCCCAGGCGGUUCAGUCCUUGACGCGGGAGAACAGCGAGCAGGAGGACACCUUCCAGGAUUGUGCCGAGACGCAGGAGGCCUGCAGAAGCCUGCAGAACUACGCCCACUCAGACCAAAGUCCGCAGAUCGCUGCCACCCUGGACGACUGCCAGCAGUCGGACCACAGCAGCCCAGGCUCAUCCGUCCAUUCCCAUCCUGGCCAGUCGGUGCGGUCGGUCAGCAGCCCAAGUGUCCCUGCCCUGGAAAACAGCUACGCCCAAAUCAGCCCGGAUCAAAGUGCCAUCUCAGUGCCAUCUUUGCAGAACAUGGAAACCAGCCCGAUGAUGGAUGUCCCGUCAGUUUCAGACCAUUCACAACAGGUCGUGGACAGCGGAUUUAGUGACCUGGGCAGUAUCGAGAGCACAACCGAGAACUACGAAAACCCAAGCAGCUAUGAUUCCACUAUGGGUGGCAGCAUUUGCGGCAACGGCUCUUCGCAGAACAGCUGCUCCUAUAGCAACCUCACCUCCAGCAAUCUGACGCAGAGCAGCUGCGCUGUCACCCAGCAGAUGUCCAACAUCAGCGGGAGCUGCAGCAUGCUGCAGCAGACCAGCAUCAGCUCUCCCCCCACCUGCAGCGUCAAGUCUCCCCAAGGCUGCGUGGUGGAGAGGCCUCCGAGCAGCAGCCAGCAGCUGGCCCAGUGCAGCAUGGCUGCGAACUUCACCCCGCCCAUGCAGCUGGCGGAGAUCCCCGAGGCCGGCAACGCCAACAUCGGCUUAUAUGAACGAAUGGGUCAAAGUGAUUUUGGGGCUGGGCACUACCCACAGCCGUCCGCCACUUUCAGCCUUGCCAAACUACAGCAGUUAACUAACACACUUAUUGAUCAUUCAUUGCCUUACAGCCAUUCCGCUGCUGUGACUUCCUAUGCAAACAGUGCCUCUUUGUCCACACCAUUAAGUAACACAGGGCUUGUUCAGCUUUCUCAGUCUCCACACUCCGUCCCUGGGGGACCCCAAGCACAAGCUACCAUGACCCCGCCCCCCAACCUGACUCCUCCUCCGAUGAACCUGCCACCGCCUCUUUUGCAACGCAACAUGGCUGCAUCAAAUAUUGGCAUCUCCCACAGCCAAAGACUGCAGACCCAGAUUGCCAGCAAGGGCCACGUCUCCAUGAGAACCAAAUCGGCAUCUCUGUCACCAGCCGCUGCCACCCAUCAGUCACAGAUCUAUGGGCGCUCUCAGACUGUAGCCAUGCAGGGUCCUACUCGGACUUUAACAAUGCAGAGAGGCAUGAACAUGAGUGUGAACCUGAUGCCAGCCCCAGCCUACAACGUCAACUCCGUGAACAUGAACAUGAACACUCUCAAUGCCAUGAAUGGGUACAGCAUGUCCCAGCCGAUGAUGAACAGCGGCUACCACGGCAACCACGGCUACAUGAAUCAGACGCCCCAGUACCCUAUGCAGAUGCAGAUGGGCAUGAUGGGGACCCAGCCAUAUGCCCAGCAGCCAAUGCAGACCCCACCCCACGGUAAUAUGAUGUACACGGCCCCCGGACACCAUGGCUACAUGAACACAGGCAUGUCCAAACAGUCUCUCAAUGGGUCCUACAUGAGAAGGUAGGCGACGCGGGCAGUCACAAGCCCCCUGGGCAUCACUAUCGGGUUGAUGUGCACAAAUCCCUUCGAAGGGUACGAUUUCAAAACCAGCAGUUGGUGUGAAUGCAGAAACAUUUGUUGGCACCAUUUAUUUAAAAAAAAAAAAAAAAAAGCUGUAUUCAGCCGAA